GCAAGACGAGAGCAGCAUCGGAAAGAUCUCUUGACGCAGUCAAUCAAAAAUUUUAAAAUGGCCUACAGGCUCUUAACACAUGGUUAACCUUGAUAUUGCACCACGAUAAAUAUCGAUGCCACCGCAGAACUGGAUCGCUGACCUACCGUGAUAUCAUCGUGGGCAAAUGUCUGCUUGGAAAUUUGAUCAAUUGUUAAAUUUGAUCAUCUUUCGCUUACGCGUUGCGGAUCUGUUUACCUGGGAUUAUCAUCAACAUCUCUACUGACACAAGCUUGUUAGUGGACAUUCGCCGGACGACGAUAUACGUGAUAUUCGUAACGGAAAUUCUUGUUUCCUGAUCGAAAUCGCGAGAGGAGAUUUUUCCAGUACGUGUGCAAAAUUUCCUAUGCUAAUGCAUUUUCGAUUCGGGAGCGUUGCCGUUGUUGUUGUCACAUGUGCUGACAGGCAGGUUAGAGGUCAGUAACGUCGUUAAAUUACCAUUAUUCCACUGGCUGGCAAUGCGGCAGGAAUCAGAUUGGGGUGAAGAUCUGGCCGGAUGCGCGUCUCCAACUCGCCUAGCAGGCAGACCUCUGGCCCUUUCGGAAUGAGCCGGAAUCUCCUCUCUUCUCUCCCAGCCGCAUCAUCAUCCCCAGUCAUUUAUCCAUAUCCCCCAACCGGCAUCCUUUGACAGGGCACGAUCCCCAGCACGGCUUAGUUAGCAGUAGACGCUCGGCAAUGUCUUGAGUCAGUGGGAAGAUACUGCCACUUCCCCGUCAUUUCCGUCUCCUUGACUGGAUCCAGUUUCGCCGUGUCUGUGCUGCACUGUUCGUACAACUGACUGGCCAUACUGGCGUCGAUUUGUUUGGUGUGUGAGUGUAUGGAAGUCGGUUAACGGAUGUAAGUCUUAGCACUAUAAGGAGUAAGAAAACUACAAAAGUCAAGAUCAGUUACGCUGGAACGUUUGUGGAGUGUAGUAAUUCCACUUGGGUGAAGCUGAGUCGGGAUAGUUGCCGAAAACGGGACAACCGCUGAACAACCGGAAUGGACAGCGCACUGCAAAUCGGUUUGCCGGCUCUGUACAAAGAUCCGCAGCUACGGGGUGAAGAGGAUAUCGAUCGGCUAUUCUACUUACUACGGUCACUUCGCUGCCUGAACACACUGCGGGAUAAUGCCGUGCGGACGUUGUGCCGGGUGGCACGCUACGAAUGUCACGAGGCCGAUGAAGUCCUGUAUCGCCGCGGGGAUGUUUGCCAGUGCUGGUAUAUCCUGCUCAGUGGAUCGACGUUCAUUGAAAGCGCCAUGUUCAUACCGUAUCAAUGUUUCGGUAAACGCUACGGAAAUACCACGGUACGGACCGAUGAAUGCCUUGUGCUGGAGCCAUCGGAAAUUAUAGCGAUUGAUUAUCCGGAUGUGGCCAUGGUUCGUCACCGGAACACCACCAGCACCACCACCGCGGGAGGCACUGGCCCGAUGACGACGGCGCCGGUCCGUGUCAAGACGCGGGAACGUCUGCUCAGCGACAACAGCGUACCCAUGGGUGGUGAGCGGGAGCGGGAUCUACUGUCGUCCGCCUCCUCCUCCAAUCUUCCCUGCGACCGGCUAUCCCACGGAAGCGAUACGAGCAGCGGCGCCUACAGUGCCGCAUCCGAUUUGCCUAUUAGUCACCGGCAUGAUUCCAUGGCGGAGACCGACUCGGAGGAUGAAGUUGAUCUGAUCGAGGACAUGCCGGAUGGGGAGGAAUCCAUAUCGGCGUCAUCGUGUACAUUCCGCGAUACGGUCCGGGAAUUCCUGGAUAAAGAUCCGCUGGAUCGGAGUGAAGAUGAAAUUGAAUAUUUAUUGGAUUUUAUGCAGCGUCUGCCGGCAUUCGCCAGCUAUACACAGAGUAUUAAGCGCCUAUUGUGCCAGGUGAUGCGGUUCGCGUACGUCAAAGACGCGGGAUGUAUUGUGAUGAGUGACGGUGAAGAGUUGGACUCGUGGUCCGUGAUUAUCAACGGCAGUGUCCAAAUUGAAUUUCCCGAUGGGGAAAUUGAAGAGCUGAAUGUGGGCGACAGUUUCGGCAUCACGCCCACCAUGGAGAAACUGUAUCACCGUGGUAUAAUGCGAACAAAAACCGAGGACUGCCAGUUUAUUAUUGUCGCCCAGCAAGAUUACUACAAUAUCCUCAAUCAGACGGAGAAUCUCACGCGGAAGAUUGUGGAUGAGGAGGGCCGGGUGGUGAUGAUGGUGGAGAAUCGGAUACUGGACGCCAGCGGAAGACGGGGGCCGGUUGUUAUCAAGGCGACGGCCGAGCGUCUGAUUAAUUAUUUGGCGGAGGAGCAUUCCGUUAGCGACCCGUACUACAUUGAGGAUUUUCUCUUGACGUAUCGGACAUUCUUGACAUCACCAACGGAAGUCUCUGAUCAGCUGAAGCAGUGGUAUGCUGACCCGUUACUGCGUGAUCGGGCAACCCGCAUCGUCCUGCUAUGGGUCAACAGUCAUUUUAUUGAUUUUGAAUCACAUCCGGACCUGAUCGGGUUUCUGGAUUGGUUUCAACUUUCCCUGGAAUCUCAUAAGAAAAUCCCCCAGCUGAAGAUGCUGCAUAAGGCCUUUGAAGUUAAGCCGCGGACACGGAAUAUCACGCUGACCAGGAGUACGCGCGAGGAGAGUCUCAAUUUCUCCAUUCUGGGCGGAUGGGAUCGCGGGUUUGGGAUCUAUGUCUGUGAUGUGAAGAAGGCCAGUAAGGGAGAGGAAUUGGGACUGCGGAAAGGCGAUCAAAUUCUGCAGGUGAACGGUGUACGCUUCGAGCACAUCAACCACAGCCGGGCACUGGAAGUGCUACGGAAAGCCACACAUCUCAGCAUCAGUGUCAAGAGUAAUCUGUUGGGCUACCGGGAGAUGCUGUCAACACCGGCGGAUGCCUCACCGCGGCAUCGUUCCCGUUAUCAUCGCAGCCAGCAGUCAGCGGAUGUCGUCGUAGUGGGCGCACAUAAUCGGCUUUCCAGUUGCGAUCUGGAUGGACUGGAAUUGGAGCAUGUGGCCACGUCGCCGGCGCUGUUGGUGCUGCCGGCAACCCCCUCUCCGCCACAGCAACAACAACCGGUGUUAAAUGCCAAUGGGGAGACGAAAAAAGGCUUCAUGACGCUCCGGCCGAAAUCCGGAUUACGGAAGGCACUAAUGAAAAUGAAUAUCAUCUCCCGGGAUUUGCCCAGGGAAUACAUGGAAGAGAAUACUACAUAUCAAGCGAUAUCCACCGAUCCCACCGGUGGCGCCCUUUCGGCCCCGAAAUCGGGAAAACUGCAGCACAGUCGGAGUAAUCCAGAUUUAUUGGCUGCCGCUCCGCACGAAGAAGUGGUGACCGUGAAAACGGUUAGCAGCACAAGCCAAGAAUUUCCUGAUCAUGUCAUCAAAGUUUAUCGCCCCGAUCAGAUCUACAAAUAUCUCCUGGUCCAUAAAGAGACGACAGUGCGGGAAAUUGUGAUGCUGGCGCUGAACGAAUUCGGCAUCACGGAAACCAGCCAUAAUUAUAGUUUAUACCAGGUAUCGGUGGAGGCACAAAAUGUCAUUAUCCAGCGCCGCUUGCCGGACGAAAUGCAGGGCUUAGCGGAUUCCCUGCCGCUAAACGCGCGCAUCUACCUCAAGAAUCUCCACCUCCAAGAAACCCUCGUGGCCGACGACGUGGCGCCGGAAAUUUGGCGGGAAUCACAAAUCUCAGUGCUGCAGUUGGACGCCCAUGAAAUCGCCGCCCAGCUGACGCUGCAGGAUUUCUCCGUCUUCAAACAAAUCGAGCCGACGGAAUUCAUCGACGAUCUCUUUGGCCGCUACUCUCCCCCAUCCGCUCCCAGCACCCUGCGGCAAUUCGAAGGCGUGGUCAAUCGGGAGAUGUUCUGGGUGGUGACUGAAGUCUGCUCGGAGAGCAACAUCAACAAACGGGCCCGCUUGUUGAAGCUGUUUAUUAAGAUCGCCAAAUAUUGCCACGAAGCGCGGAAUCUGAAUUCCUGUUUUGCCAUUCUCAGCGGGCUGAGUCACGGCUGUGUGUACCGGUUGAAAUCCACCUGGGAGAAGGUGCCACAGAAGCAUCUGAAGACACGGGAUACGCUGAGUAAUCUCAUGGAUCCAUCGCGGAAUAUGUCGAAAUACCGGCAUUUAUUGUUGAAAUGGUCAGCUACGCCGCCGCUGAUCCCGUUCUACCCGAUUGUCCGGAAGGAUCUGACGUUCCUGCAUGAAGGCAACGAGACCAGCGAUGGGCAGCUGAUUAAUUUUGAGAAACUGCGGAUGAUCUCCAAGGAAAUCCGCCAGCUGAAAGCCUACACCAGCGUUCCCUAUGAUCUCCAUGAAGUGUUUGACGGAGCGUGUGCGCCGCGUAAUCACGCCUUCAACACGAUGGUGGGCACCGCGCACACCGCCAAGAAAACCCACGGAUCCCGCUCGUUGCCGACGCGGAAAAAGGUCGCGGUGGGGUUGAGCGUUUCAGCCAAGAAACUCUACGAGGAAGCGCAGAUGGUUCGCAAAGUGAAACAGUAUUGGAAUAACGUGAAGAUCACGGAGAAUGAAGCGGAGCUGCAGGAGAAAUCGCUGGCGUGUGAACCGUCGACGGCCAGUGUGGUGAAACGACAGACGUCGGCGCCGGAACCCAUGCAUUUUGCGGUGGGACCGAAGUUCGGCCAGCAGUCACCGCAGGCGGUGCGCAAGUUGAUGGCGUUGUCGGAUUCCUCCAAAAUGCGCACACAUCACGGGAGGAACGCGGGCGGUGGCGGCGGCGGACACCAUCAUCCCAGCCGAUCGCCGGCCACCAGUCCCAAACCGCCCAUGAACCGCGGUUAUCAUGCGCGGAUGCAGGCGGAUAUGGUGUCGUUCGGGCACACUCUGAAGCCGCCGUAUGCGCACGGGGCCAUGAUUCCGGUGGAUUUAUCGGUGGAGAGCUCCAGUGUCACGGCGCUGGUGGGCAGCGGAAUGGCGCUGCGAAAAUCGCAAUCAGGAUCCGUAACAUCGUCCGACUCGGUGGCCGGUCAUUCCGUCGCCGAUUCCGGUUUAGCCUCCAGCUCCCUGGACAGCUGUCCGAGCUCCGUGAACAGUUCCCCCUCCCUCAACCGACCUCCUUCCCCGCCGCCGUUGCAGUCCGCCACGACGGCACCGCCUCCCAUUCCCCCGGCCCGCAACAGCCGGAACGCCAUGCUGCCGCCGCAGCUGCCGCCGCGCGAUGGCCUGUCCUAUAUUCGUCCGCGUGCCUCCCGCCCACCGGAUUACGAAGCGGCCACGCAGGCGCGCAGCAAGCCGACGGUCUAUUCCUCCAGUGUUCCUGCGCCGCCGCCGCCGGGCGGCAGUGCUCAGCUGCUGAAUAAUAUUGUGGUGUCGACGCUGCGACGGCCGCCUCUCAUCGAUGUGACGGGUGAUAAUGAUGGAACGGCUUCCACUGUGUGAAAGAAUAGAUUAUGUGUGUCGUUUUGUUGUAUUUGUAUAACUGCACAAUUGGCCCGUAUACGUUUUUCUCUUGCGAAGUUUUCAGUGUUUUUAAGACAUGAGGAUUUCCUACUAUUGUAUAUGUCUGUAAAUUUUGGUUGUUUUUUGUGCUGUCUAAUAGUAUUUUGCAAGUCUCGAAAGUUUAGUAUUACGUUUAGAGAUUUAAGGAAACUGCUGACAUUGAUGGGCGGUCUGUUGUGGACAAAUAAUAUUGCGCUCCGUCAGAAAGGUUCUUUUCCUUCAGUUCAAC